CCGCCGAGGCAGGAAAGUCUUCGGUCGCCUCAGUACGAUGGCUGAGCAACGGGGGGACAGCGGCUGCCAGUGCAGGAGUGGCCUGGAUGGCGGCGCUAAGGAGGAUUUGCACCCACGAAAUCUGAUCCCAGAGCUUUGCCAACAGUUUUACCAUUUAGGGUGGGUUACAGGGACUGGUGGUGGAAUCAGCAUAAAGCAUGGCAAUGAGAUCUACAUUGCUCCCUCUGGUGUUCAAAAAGAAAGAAUUCAGCCAGAAGAUAUGUUUGUGUGUGAUAUUGAAGAACGGGACAUUAGUGGACCUCCACCACACAAAAAACUAAAGAAGAGCCAAUGUACGCCUCUCUUUAUGAAUGCAUACACCAUGAGAGGAGCUGGGGCAGUGAUUCAUACUCAUUCCAAAGCUGCUGUAAUGGCCACACUUCUCUAUGUAGGAAGUGAGUUUAAAAUUACUCAUCAGGAAAUGAUAAAAGGAAUCAAGAAAUGUACCACAGGUGGUUAUUUCAGAUACGAUGAUACCUUAGUGGUUCCCAUUGUUGAGAACACACCUGAAGAGAAAGACCUGAAGGAGAGAAUGGCUCAGGCAAUGAAAGAGUAUCCAGACUCCUGUGCUGUGCUGGUCAGGCGUCAUGGAGUUUAUGUUUGGGCAGAAACUUGGGAAAAGGCCAAGACAAUGUGUGAAUGUUAUGACUACCUCUUCGAUAUUGCGGUACAAAUGAAGCAACACGGACUUGAUCCUACUACAGUUCCAAAUGAGGAAAAGGGCAUUGUUUAACAUCUCAACAUUUCUUCCCAAGAUGACGCUAAUAUUUCAAUGCGAUAUUGUUAUUGAAGGGCUUUAGGCUUCAUGUCUAAGUACAGCAAUCGUUUUGCAAAAAUAUUCUACUUCUAGUGCCAGUUGUUACCAAAUGCAGACCUUUUUAUGGUGUGUGUUUUCAAAUUCUGAAGCAUGUCCAAGACAGUCUGAGGCAGUAUCCAAUGCUGCCUGUGUGCGAGUGAGGCCUACCACCACUUCUGCUCUGGGAAUGGCCAACGCAGCUAAUUCCCUUCUGCAAGAGGCACCCACCACUUGCGGAAUGGAGAUCUAGCACUUCUGAGGCAAGGCCUAAAACAAACAGAAAAACUCGUUUCUAGAAUAGGAUAAGUCAGUGGAGGACCUGCCCCAUUCCAGAAGCGCUAAAUCUCCAUUUCCCUUGCUUUCACAGUACAAUCAUUUUUCUUUAGGGUCUUCCUCACAGUUCAUAUUAAUUUGGGGGCAGUACAUACAUACCUUUCAAAAUACGAAGUUCUUGUAAUUUUUAAAAUUACUCUUAGAAUGUUUGAAAUAAAAUCUAUCUUGUAUUAUGAAAGCCACCAAAUGGAGAAAAAUUUUGUUCAAAACAGCUUUGUUCAAAACUAGAACGUGUUGAAAGAGUGCCCCAUAUAAAAGUAUACCAGAAAAA